ACUAACAUGGUCGUAUGCACCUUUGCUCAAAUACGACUACCUAUAGCGUAUCAUAAAAUAGCGCCCCUACCGGCAGCGGGAGAUGUGCCACAGCCUCUUCGCCUUGAUGCAUUGUGGGUCUCUACCAUAAACGAGGAUUACAGGUAUGUUAUCAGUGAACCUUGAUAAUCUAAUAAUUUGAUAACAAAAUAAUAAUGCUAGGGCGUUUUGUGUUGUUUCAUCUUUGUUUGUGGUGAUGUAGUUGUUCAGGUACGUUAUGCUACUUGGGAAUAAAGUAAAAGGACAUUACGAAAUAUCACAAAUAAAUAAAUAAAUGCAAAAGUUAAACAUUACGAACAUAAGUGACAUUGAACUUUGCUUUUAUUAAAAUACGUCGUCACAAUAAAUAUUCGAAAAAGAUCGAUUUUUGUCAUUGGACAAAUAUUAAGAACGUUAGGCCUAUAACGUUAUAAUUCUGUCGUCUGUUCAGUAUUCGUCGCGUUUCAAAUCAACAAGGUAUGUUUCCCAUAAUUUUAACAUUUUUUAGGGUUAGAUCAUUUAGUAAAGUUAGUAUCUUGCGAUAUUGAUUCGAAAUUGGAAACGUUGUGGUUAAGGGACUAUGUAAAAGUGCACACAUUUUGAAAACGUGCAUGGUGCCACACAUAUUUCGCUUAUCUGACUCGAUCAUGCAAAUACAUUGUUUUUUCCUUUCUGAUUCAUUUAUACAGGUGCAAAUCUAGGAACAGAACAAAUAACGCUAGAAGACAGACACCACAGGUAGAUCUAGUCAGUAUUAGGGGGCAUAACAACAAACUCUUGACAAUAUUUUCGAAGACGGUGACUUGUCAACAUACUAGAUGCCUACUCUAAAGGAUUGCUACACAUGCAGGGAAAAGAUUGGAGUAGCCAGCAAAACAUGUCCAUACUGUAGGGCCAAACAGCCAUAUAAGCAAAUGCUUGAGAAAAAAAAGAAACAGCUUUCCCAGGAAUGGAUAGACAGACAAAAAAAAAACUGCAGUGUGAACAAAAUUUAUGAUUCAACAAAUCUUCUGCUCCACAAGUGGGAACUUUUAGAGAGGUACCCAGUCCUUCUCCUUGCCAGGAGAACCUCAAAUGGUUUCUCUGCUGAAUGCUUCUGCCCAUGGAAGAAUGAGACCGAAGACACUCAGGACGCUUUUCUUACUAUAAAGAGAUUAUACGAAAGUCUUCUUAAUGUGGCUAUUGCAGAUAAAGAAGUAAACGGCAUGGGAGAAAGUUCUGUCACAAAUGGCACAGAGACUCCACCAGCAAACUCCACACCUCUGUCCACCUGUAAUGUGGCUAUUGCAGAUAAAGAAGUAUCCGGCAUGGGAGAAAGUUCUGUCACAAUCACAAAUGGCACAGAGACUCCACCAACAGACUCCACACCUCUGUCCACCUGUAAUGUGGCAAACGCAGAUAAAGCAGCAAGCAGCAUGGUAGAGAGUUCUGCAACAAACAGCACACAGACUCCACCAGCAGACUCCACAGCAGACUCUGAUUCAGAGCUUACGCAUGAGCCUGUCACUUUUUUCCUUCCUCCUGAAUCUUCCUUUUUGGCUUCUCCUGAUUCCUUUACCACCCCCUCUCCUAUGCAGGGGCGAAAAUCUCAUCUAAAUGUUGGGGGGGACAAUAAACAUAAAAUUUUUCAAGAACAAUUUUUGAAGGGGACACCAAUAAUACAGGCAAAAUUGUACUUGCAAGGAAAUGGGUACAGAUAGAAAACGUUUCUCUUUCUCUAUGAACGGACGCAAAUUUAAUUU